CCUUCCAUUUCCUCUUUAGUGAUGAGAACUGCUGUGGGAAACAUGUACGACCGCACCGGCUCCCAUCUGCUGUCCUUCUUCGGGCUGAUUGUGUUGUUGCAGCCUGUCUGCCUGGCCUUUAACAUUGACACGGCUGACCCCAGCAUCUACUAUGGAGAUGAAAAUGGUUUCUUUGGACACAAGGUGCUGCAGGUCAGCGCUGGCGAAGACAAAGGGAUUUUGGUCACUGCUUCCCUGCAGCAAAAUGGUUCAGGAACAGUCUGCAGAUACAUGACACACGCAAACAGCUGCUUCACCCCUCAAGAGGCCAUGCCAGGCAGGCUGUUCGGAUGGUCAAUCGCUGAGGAACCAACUCGGUCGCGAUUCACGCUGAACCCGGGGCCCGUCAUUACGCACGAUCUGCAGCCUCCAGCCGGUAUACUCUUCUCGGACCAAGAUUGUACAAAGAAAACAGUGGACCUCGUCUUUUUAUUUGACGGCUCUGGGAGUAUGACCAGGGAUGAAUUCAACCAGAGCAAAGAAUUCAUUCUGGAUAUCAUGAACAGCAUCAAGAACUCCUCCAUCAAAUUUGCUGCAGUCCAGUUUUCGUCACAGCCUAGGAAAGUGUUUGACUUCAACGAUUACCACAGCGGGAAGGCCACGAAGCUACUGAGGAACGAGCCGUUCAUGCAGUCUAUCACCAACACGUACCGGGCGCUGCAAUACACGCUGUGGGUUGAGACAAACCUCUUUCUGCCUUUGCAUGAAAUUGCCUUGUUUCAGGGAUAUUCAAGGAUUUACAUUAACAUUUACAUGAAGGGCAUUUAGCAGUCGCUUUUAUCC